GACUUGUUGACUGGGUCUUGUUGACCAAGAGCCAAGGGCUGUUCCUCCAGGGUGACACCGAGAACGACACCUGGAUCUUUGUGCUCACCCUACUGCUCUCCAGCACCCUCAUCUACAACAGCAGAGGCACCAUUGACCAACAAGCCAUGGAGCAGCUGCACUACGUGAUGAAGCUGACCGAGCAGGUCAGGUUGAAAGCGGCUCCUGGGCAGAGUGAAGAGGAAGAGGAGGAGGAAGAUCCAGAAGAAGUUGCCCCUUUCUUCCCGGCUUUCGUCUGGACGGUGAGGGAUUUCAGCCUGCGGCUGGAGAUGGACGGGGAGACAAUCUCCGAGGACCAAUACUUGGAAAAGGCGCUGGCGGUGAAGAACGGAACCAGCUCCAAGAUCCGACGCUCCAACCAGACCCGGGAAUGCAUCUGCCAGUACUUUCGGGAUCGCAAGUGCUUCGUUUUUGACCAACCGGCCCCCAAAAUGGACCUGGAGCGCUUGGAGGAGCUUGGGGAUGAGGAGAUCAACCCCGAAUUCCAGCAGCAGGUGGAGAAAUUCUGCGGCCACGUCUGGGAGAACUCUCCACCUAAGACCAUCCUUGGUGGCCGCGUCAUCACGGGGAGCUUGCUGGGCAAACUGGCAGAGACCUACGUGAAGACCAUCCGGAGCCGGGAGGUGCCGUGCCUGGAGAGCGCGGUGCUGGCCCUGGCACAGACCGUCAACGCGGCGGCGGUGAAAGAGGCUGUGAAGUUCUACCAGGACCUGAUGGAGCAACGGGUGAAGCUGCCGACGGAGACGGUUGAGGAGCUCCUGGAUCUGCACAGCCAGUGCCAGCAGGAGACACAAGAGCUCUUCCAGAAACGGGCGUUCGAGGAAGACAUCUGCUCUUUCCAGGAAGAUCUUACACGCCAGGUGGAGGAGAUCAAGGAGAAGUUCCUCAGGGACAACGAGCAGGAGUCCAGCCACAAGUGCAAGGCUGCUCUCAGGGACCUCUCCCGAGAUUUGGACAGAAAACUCAAGGAUGGGGUCUACAACGUGCCAGGAGGUUACGAGCUCUUCAAAGGAGACCUGCAGGCCCUGGUGGAGAAAUAUCAGGAAGCUCCUGGCAAGGGGGUGAUGGCCGAAGUUGUCCUGCAGAAGUUCCUCCAAAGCAGAGAGGAUCUGGAUGAAAUGGUCUUCAAGACAGACCAUGCCCUGGCAGAGAAGGAGGAGGAGCUGAAAAGGGUUCGAGAGCAGCAGGAGAGAGCCGAGGAGGAGAGGAAGAGCCGGGAGAAGGAGGAGGCUGAAGAAAAGCAGAAGCUGCAGGACCAGGUCCGCAGCCUGGAAGAAGAAGCGCUUCAGCUGAGGAAGGAACUGGAGGAAGGCUCCAAGAAGCUCCAAGAGGAGGACUCAAGGACGGGCAGUCAGAAAGCCAAGGUACCAAACGGGAGAGGGCAAGGUGCCACGAUAGAAAAAAACCAUAAAAGUAGAAAAAAAAAGAAAAGUAGAAAAAAUAAUCAAAGGGGGAAGGGUUCUGCCCCCCCUUCCCCACAUCCAACCCACAACCCACCGCUUUUUCCAGCUCCAAAAGUCCUCCAAAAGAGCUCCUGCCCGUUCCUUUGA